AUGGCUUCACCCCAGGACCACGCCUACCACCUCCUGAACGAGUACUCGAACGGCUUCAUGGUGUCCCAGGUCCUGUUCGCCGCCUGUGAGCUGGGCGUGUUUGACCUCCUCGCCGAGGCCCCGGAGCCCCUGGAUUCCGCUGCGGUUGUCGCGCGUCUGGGCACCAGCUCCCACGGGACAGAGCUGCUGCUGGAUACCUGUGCCUCCCUGAAGCUGCUUAAGGUAGAAGUGAGAGGAGGAAAAGCGUUCUAUCAAAACACAGAGCUCUCCAGCACCUACCUGUCCAGGGGCAGCCCCGUGUCUCAGCGCAACAUGCUGCUCUACACGGCCAGGACGACCUACCGGUGCUGGGGCCACCUGGCCGAGGCCGUGAGAGAAGGGAAGAACCAGUACCUGCAGGCAUUUGGCGUUCCCUCCGAAGAGCUCUUCAGCGCCAUCUACAGGUCGGAGGGGGAGCGGCUGCGGUUCACGCGGGGCCUGCAGGAGGUCUGGAGCGUCUGCGGGCGCAGCGUGCUGGCGGCCUUCGACCUGUCCCAGUUCCCUCUCAUCUGCGACCUCGGGGGAGGUGGCGGGGCUCUGGCCAGGGAGUGCGUUUCUCUGUACCCCGCGUGCAAGGUCACCGUGUUCGACACUCCGCAAGUGGUCCGGUUGGCAAAGGAGCACUGCUCGCUCCUAGAGGAAGGACGGCUCGGCUUCUGCGAAGGAGAUUUCUUUAAAGACCCCCUUCCGGAGGCGGAUCUGUACAUCCUGGCCAGGAUCCUCCAUGACUGGACGGACGACAAGUGCUCAGGCCUGCUGCAGAGAAUCCGGCGCACCUGCAAGCCAGCAGAGCAUGUGGUGGCCCUCACCUGA